CUUGUAUAUUCCAUUCCCACCGUCCCCAACGCGAAAGAUGCCGGCGGUUCAUCACAAAUUAUUACUCGAGGAGGCCCUGCAGGACAGUCCGCAGACAAGGUCCUUGCUCAGUGUGUUCGAGGAGGAUGCAGGAACUCUCACAAACUACACAAACCAGCUGCUCCAGUCUAUGCAGAGAGUGUUUGGAGCACAGAAUGAAAUGGCUCUGGCGACCGAACAGCUUUCGAAGCAGCUGUUGGAGUACGAGAAACAGAACUUUGCUUUGGCCAAAGGAGAUGAAGAGGUGAUCAGCACUUUACAGCAGUUCGCCAAGAGCGUGGAAGAGCUGAACGCUCUGCACUCUGAACUGUCCACACAGAUCGCAGACAAGAUGGUGUUUCCUAUGGUGCAGUUCAGAGAGAAGGACCUCACUGAGAUCAGCACACUAAAGGAGAUUUUCUGCAUCGCCACUGAUGAGCAUGAAGCCGCCAUGGUGAAAUACAGCCGUUUGCCUAAAAAGAGAGAAAACGAGAAGGUGAAAGCGGAGGUGGUGCGAGAGGUGGCGUAUUCACGCAGGAAGCAACACCAAGCGGCUAUGCAGUAUUAUUGUGCUCUGAAUGCGCUGCAGUACAGGAAGAGAGUGGCUAUGCUGGAGCCCAUGCUGGGAUACACACACGCUCAGAUCAAUUUCUUCAAGAAGGGAAUGGAGCUGGUGUCCAAGAAGCUGGACGGUUUUCUCAACUCUGUGUCCAACAUGAAUGAGAGCAUUGAGUCUCAGUUGGAUAUUGAUGCAGAGGUGAUGCGCUCGUCUCAGAGAGAGCUGCUAUCUGUGGAUGACUCUGUCUACAUGCCGGACCACGAUCAAGCUGCCGUCAGUCGCGCCCUUAUCCAGAAAGCCGGUUACCUCAACAUAAGGAAUAAGACAGGUCUGGUGACGACGGCGUGGGACCGGCUCUUCUUCUUCACUCAGGGUGGGAAUCUGAUGUGUCAGCCGCGAGGGGCAGUGGCCGGCGGGAUGGUUCUGGAUCUGGACAACAGCUCCGUCAUGGCCGUGGAUUGCGAGGAUCGACGAUACUGCUUCCAGAUCACAUCACCCAACGGCAAAACAUCUCUGAUACUUCAAGCCGAAAGUAAGAAGGAAUAUGAAGAGUGGAUUUGCACCCUGAACAACAUUUCCAGACAGAUUUACCUGACCGACAAUCCUGAGGCGGUGGCAAUCAAGCUCCAUCAGACGGCUCUGCAGGCCGUGACUCCCAUCACCAGCUUCGAGAAGAGAGCUGAAGGAUCUCCAAACCCUGAUAGAGCGAAGCCGGGUGGGCUACCCGUGACCAAUCAAGAGGCUGAGAAAACCUCCGUCAGCCUGGAGCCUGAAGAUCUGAUCGUUCCAGGAACACCCAUACAGUUCGACAUCAUGCUGCCCGCGUCUGAGUUCCUGGACCAGAACCGAGCCGGAGCCAGACGCACAAACCCGUUUGGUGAGACGGAGGAAGAUGAUGACGAAUCAGACACACACGACUCUCUCCUGCAGCAGGUGUUUGCGGUGCGUUUUCUGGGCUCGAUGGCGGUACGUUCAGGACACACACAGGAAGUCAUCUACGAGGCCAUGCGGCAGGUUUUAGCAGCUCGAGCCAUUCACAACAUCUUCAAGACCACCGAGUCCCAUCUGAUGAUCAGCAGCUCCUGCAUUAGACUCAUCGACCCGCAGACACAAGUCACCAAAAUCAGCUUCCAGCUGCAGGAUGUGAGUGAGUUCGCAGCUCAUCAGGAGAACGAGCGUCUGAUGGGGUUUGUGGUGAGGAGCUCAGCUGAAGACGACGAGCCCUCCUUCAGUGUGUUUGUGUUCGAGAGCAACACUGAAGGAGAGAAGAUCUGCUACACCAUCAACCUGGCCAAGGAGAUCGCAGACGCCCGGAAGGAUCCUGAAGCUCUGGCUCAGCUGAUGAAGUCCAUGCCGCUCACAAACGACGGAAAGUUCCUGUUGCUGGACAACGAGACCGGAGACACCGCAGAAACAGCCGGACAAGAAGAGCAGGAGUCAGAGGCUUGAUAUACACACACACACACACACACAC